UACUCUCUCGUCCGUGCAUGUUUAAAAGUUUCGGGAGUACAAAUAGCGCAUCGCCUUUCUGAAUAUACCGACGAGAUCGGUGUGAAGCCGUGCCAUAUGCCUUCGUAUUCAGUAGCUCGUACACGAGUCGUAGACGAGGGAGUCUCCAACACACCACGGCACUUCGCGGUAGCGAUUCUAUUCCAAGUAACAGUCAGCCGAACACGUAGAUAGAGAACAAAUCACCGAAAGCAGCGUCAUCUAUACCGGUGCGCCCGGUGGGCACCGGACGAAAGCAGCGUCAUCUACACCUACCGUUCUUCGUUUCUCGAGCGAACUGAAUUGACGUUGGGGCGUCCGGUGAGCGAGCAGCAGAUAUGGCGAGCAAGCAUCUACUGACGGUUAUCUUUCUAACGCUCGCCUUAGUCGCGGCUGCGGCGCCGACGCCUGCGGAGUUUAUCGACGAGCUGGAGCAGCUGCAGAAGGUUCUCUCCAAAAACCCCUUCAAAUACUCGAUUGUAGCGAACGCGCUACAACGAUCGAUCAAGCAGCUAAAGAAGCUGCCCGACGCCAACGUAAACGUGGAGUUUUUAUCCGAAAACACGGCGCUCAUCCCCACCAAUAUCGCACUAACCGGCGUCGGCAUACGCGCCAUAGUGCCCAAGCUCAUGGGCGACCUGAUUCGUUUUAACGUCAUCGAGGGCAUGUACUCGUUUGCACAAAUCAAGGCGAUUCCCGUUGGCGGGAAACUGCCCACGCAACUGAACAACAAGCCGCUCAUGCGGUUCAAGACGCAGAGAGGUUUCCUCUCGCCCGGUACAACUGUCGCGCUGGGCCCUCCUGGCGCGAACGUGCUGACGUGGGCACAAAUCGACGAUCCAGAUCUGUUCAAGGGGCAGUUUAUCCGAGCGCACGGUGUAGAUGGCGUGCUGAAGCCCAAUGGGUUGAUCUGAGAUCCGUCACCCUAUACUCUCCAGGUUUUCUGAUACUGAUUUAUCUAACAUCGAUACACCAAUCGCAUUGCAUACAUGCAUGAUUUUAUUGUUCCGGUAUAGCAUCUGCACCUUGGGGCGAUGUUCCAGUGUUAUUGCUGCACGGGGUUGAAGGAGGAAGCACCAAUAAAUGCUUCAGUCUUGC